CCAUUUUAGCGGGAACUGAGAAAGACAUGAAAAUUGUUUCUGGCAUGUCGUACUUCUGAUUUAUUCGUAAAUUUUAAGUUUAUUCUUUCCCAAAAAAGCACAGGAGUGUUGUGAUACUUAAGUAAACAAUUCUGCCAGCAGUAACCUUCGUUGGAGCCAAGAAAAAGCGUUCUGAGGUCGUUUUAAACGACUCGUUCUUCGCCAGGAAAAGGAGGGAAAUUUGAGGAGGGAAAUAAUUUUUGUGCGGACGAAAUGGCGAAGGUUCAGGUGAACAACGUGGUGGUUCUGGACAACCCCUCCCCCUUCUUCAACCCCUUCCAGUUCGAGAUCACCUUCGAGUGUAUAGACGACCUUCCAGACGAUCUGGAGUGGAAAAUCAUCUAUGUGGGCUCAGCAGAGACAGAAGAGUAUGACCAGGUGCUAGACUCUGUACUGGUGGGACCUGUGCCACCGGGCAGGCACAUGUUUGUCUUCCAGGCUGACCCCCCGGACACGAGUAAGAUCCCUCCUCAGGAUGCCAUCGGUGUGACGGUGGUGCUGCUGACCUGCUCGUACCACGGACAGGAGUUCAUCAGAGUCGGCUACUACGUCAACAACGAGUACAGCGAUCCGGAGCUCAGGGAAAACCCGCCCUCAGUACCACAGUUUGACAAGUUGCAGAGAAACAUCCUGGCGAACCACCCGCGGGUGACGAGGUUUCGUAUCGACUGGGACAACAGCGAAGACCAGGAGAACAAACCUCCACAGGACGGCAUGCAGCAGCCACAGGAGGUCACCACUACAGGCUUCGGCCCUCCAGCCAUGGGCCAGUCGAUGAAGCCGUUCCCAGGUUGUGAGAUGUCCAACGGUGCCAGCUCCUCUAACCCUUCAGCCUUGUUAUCCACCGACUCUAACUCUGGCAUGGAGGUGCAAUAGGGUAGGGGGAUGACUGUAGCAUGUCAGCAGAACGUCCUGCACCUGCGCCAAACCUGUAAUGUGUUGUGCAUAUCACUUCGGCACAACAUCUCAUAUAAGGUUGUAUUUGCACAUAUGAGGUUAAAGCUUCCCAGGGUUAAGUCGGAAAAGUUGUCUUCUAGUUCUACGACAGGCAAAAUUGACCAACGAAAACCAUGAAAAAUCAGGGUUUCGCACAGGUGCAGUACGUUCUGCUGAUGUGCUGGGGGGAUACUGACUUCUGUCAUAUGUUGGGCUUUUUCAGUCAAUUUACUUGGUUUUCUGGUUUAAAAGAAAAUUGUACAUUUGCAGAACAACAUUAAAACAGUCUGAAUCAAGGUUGAAUUGUUAUCUCCAAUUGUUGCAACAUUUGGUACAAAUUAGACAACAUACAGAGACAGGACAUAGAUCAUUCGUGCCCUUGUUUACUUCCAGUGAAUAGAAAAUAUGUACAAGUAUUUGAAGAAAAUCAGAAUUCAGGUUGGCUUUUUUUGUGUUCAUGACAAAGAUACUGUCAUAUCAACCUAGCAAUUCUUUACCUAUGUGUGUAUAUAUACUUAUCACCAUUGAGAAGUGCAGAAUACAUAGAAGAAACUGUUAUGUUUUGUACGACAGAAAUGUUAAAUGUAUGAUAAAACAAUACAAGGAUACUUGCCAAAGCAGAUCAAACAUUUAGACCCUUUCCGUGCAUCCUGAAAUAGCACUUUUCUAACAUACCUUUCAAAAAGUGUUUUCAGUGUUUUCCAUUCCUGAAAUAUGACAUCCACGUUCCCAUAUAUAAUUAUUGAAGUAUUAGUGUAUGCAACUUUAUAACCAAUAUGCAUUCUAGUUUGGCUUGGGUAUUCAAAGUUAUAUUACGCUAACUCUGAUUCUAAUGUACCACUCAAAUUAUACUUGCAAUUGGUGAUAUAUUAUGCUAUAGCACUAGCUAAUGCAUUAUCUGAAGCAGCUACUGGUAUGUGUGUUUUGUACAUGUACAUGUGUGUUCUUCAUAUCUAUAUUUAGAAUGGAUUACGACAUACAUUUACAAGUUUUGUACAGUUCUUAUUAUACCGUAAGUAUAUUACUGUUUUUGUCUUUGUCCUUUCUGAAGUCUCCUACAGAACUUUACAAGAAAGCAGUGGGAAUAAAAAUAAAAACCUGAGUGAGUAUUACACACCA